AUGAAGAUCUUUGUGACUAUUCUGGUAGCAUCUACCCUGGCCUUAGUCCAUGGUUCUCCUCAAAAUUAUUUUGGUCAACAGAAUAACAUCAUACCCAGCUCAUUUCUUAAACCAAAUUCUCAGUAUUUGCCUGCACAACAACAACAACAACAACAACAGAACAACUUCCAACAGUUCCCACAGACCCAGCGCUAUAUAGUACCACAACAGCAACAACCACAACCCAUUAUUAUGCGAUUCCCCAUGCCUGCUGAUUUCCCCACCAAUUUCAGUUUCCAACCUGCUGUGGCCGGAAGAACCAGCCGUCGCUUCCGUCCACGUCAACGCAUUGCCAAAAAACCAAUUGUUACCAAAAACUUUUUCAUCCACUCGGCUCCCGAAGAAACACAAGCUGAAAUUGAUGAAGAAUUGUCCCAAUUGCAACAACAACCACGCAAACACUACAAUGUCCUGUUCGUUAAGACCCCCAGUCAAACCAACAAGGCAGCAGCUUUAAAUUUAGCCAAGGCCUUGAAGGAGGAAAAAACGGUGGUCUAUGUUUUGGCCAAAAAAACUUCGGCUGCCGAUUUGCAGGAUGCCAUACAAGAGGCUCCUCAGCACAUUAACAAACCCGAAGUUUUCUUCAUUAAAUACCGCACACCCGAGGAAGCAGCCAAUGCCCAACAUCAAAUUCAGUCUCAAUAUGAUAGCUUGGGUGGAUCCACCACCAUCACCGAUGAGGGUGUGGCGCCCAGCACCUCGGUCAUUGGCUCCUUAGAUGCCUCUGAGGAAGAGGAGGAGGAGGAACAGCAACAGCAAUUGGCCAAGCAACAGCAAGUGCAACAGGAACCUCAGGCGGGGGACUUUGUGACGCAACAACAAUCGCAAUCGCAGCAAUUCGAUGAGCAACAGCUGGUGAAUGCCAUACAGAUGGCCUCCAACAAUGGCUAUCUGCCACCAUCGAAUCAGUUCUAG